CCAGUCAGGCAGGUGUAAUGCUCUCUCCCCGGGCGCUACCAGCAAACGAUGCUCUCAGGGUGGGUGCAGGGCCUCAGCUGCAGGGGCCCCUCACUGCUCCAGUCCCCACCUCAUCUGCUCCCAGGGGCUGUGCGGCAGUGCAGUGCAGGCAGCAUGGUGCUGAAUGGGCCCAGUGCACGGCAGGCCAGGCCUUGUCUCACUACGCUGCCUGGCGUGGCCAUUGGAGCCGGAGGACAGAGGCGGGGCUGGUGCAAGUCACUUACCAGCAAUUGCUCGGCCACACGAGGGGUGAAAAGGUCAGCGGCAGCUCCCCUUCCCAGCAUGCUGCCUUCUGGCUGGAGUCACACAGGCUGCAGUGUCACAGGGCCAGAGAGGCCGGCUCACGUGGAGAAUAUGGCACGGCUCUGCCAGCAGCAUGGGAUCCCCCUCUGGGUGGCCCCGAUCCUGGAACAAGCAGCAACAAUGAAGUGCGAUAAGAGCAGGAGGCACAAGGCAUACAGACUCAUCCGUAGGCGGCUGUGGGAAGGAAGAAUAGGCCUGGAGAAAACAAAGUAUCCAACUUACAUUUACCCAAAGGAGCUGAAGAAUUUAAUGAGAUCCGCCUUCCCAGCAGGGGUCUGCGACUACCCUGACCCAGACCACAGCAAGGUGGUACACGUGACGCUCGAAGACCUGCACCUGCUCAAUCACCCCGAGGCAUGGAGUGCACAGCCCUGUCUGCAAUAGAACUUCUUCAGGCAUCAGAGCAUUUACCGGAACAGGAUGGAAUGAGGCAGCAGCAAGAGAGUUAUUUUCACCCUGCCCAGGAAUGACGUACAUAGGGCUCCAGCUACGUCCCUCCCUCAAAACAGUCCUCCCAACUCACCCCAUUACAGCCAAGUCUCACUGGCAGGUCUCGAGCUCUCUCCCCAGGAGCCCACCCUAUGAGCAAAAACACCUUUGUACCCACUUGCAGCCACCCCCCCUUUCUCCAAAGGGCAAACUGCUGAGUGAGUUCCCAUUUCUCUUACCUGUCACUGUGGCCCUGGCUUGAUCUUCCACCCAGCUGCUAUUCCCCUAGCGAGAUCUGCUGCCAGAGGAAAGCAGCACAGCUUGCAUCCUUCACUCCACCGUGGAAAGAGAAGUUCUUGACUGGUCCAAAAAGUGACAACAGAAGAGCUGCAUGGAGGUGGGGGUGAAUGCAGCCCAAGCCCAGGGGGCAGAAUAGCCCCAGCAGAUGUACACUAUACCCUUUCCACUGAUACAGGAGGUGAGGUAGGUCUGAGGCAGAGCCUUAAGCUGUGAACGCUCAUUUCCACUGUCCUGGUCUAGGAAUUGGUACAGCUAUGCUCUCAGGGGUGUGAAAAGUCCGCUCCCCGGAAAGACAGCGUUAUACUGACCUAACCUCCAAUGUAGUCAGCACUAGGUCACGAGAAGAAGUCUUCUGUUGACCUAGCUACUGCCUCUCAGAGAUAGAUUACCGACGCUGAUGAGAGACACCCUUCCGGUAGCAUGGGUAGCACCCAGGGAGUGCAUCCAUUGCCAGCUGUUAGUCACAGAGCGACCAUGGGCAAGUCAUUUCACCUUCUGUGUUUGUUUCCACAACCACACUUAUCUGACAAAAGUAGUUCAUGCUUUGAGAGCCUUGUAUGAAAAAUGCUGGAGAAGUGCAGUGCUAAGUAUUCCCUACUCAUUACUGUUCUGACAAGAGGAUGUGUUGUGAAUUUCAUUUUUGUUAAUAAAGGCUUUAUGAAACCAGA